AUGACAGGUCUUACCGGAAUGAUGUCGAAUAAUUAUCGAAUAUAUGGUACCGCCAUAUUGUUGUUUCUGUUUGUAAUCGUAGCUCUCGCAAUAUUCGCUGGUGCGCUGGUGAAAAGCAUUGUUCCGGCAAGCCACAGCGUUUGCUUUCUUAAUGGACUUCUGUUGCAAGCCAGUGCUUAUGUGCCAAGUAAUGCUAGUAGCGAUGGCGAUCUCUGUCCUUACUGCAAUGCCAAUAAUACUGCUAUUAUUGAAGCCCUAUGCCAUAACAGUACUUGCGAGCAACCACUUGACAAUCAUACGUUCACGUGUAAACCGGCAUUUCCAGGCAUUGCAAGCGGCGCCUUCAUUGGUAAAUUUUCAAUUACAAGCUAA